ACACAUACUGUACUCUACUGUAAGUAAGAGCAAAUAAUGGAAUCAGGGAACUUUUAUGUAUGCAGAAAUAUUUAUAACAGAUCUGGACCUCGAACACAGAGUCGCUGCCAGGAUGAAGGAAAAGCUCGAAAGCAAAGAGGAAGUAGAUGUUUGGUGUUGAUCACAGUGGGUCUCGGGCUCAUUUGUGUUCUUCUGCUGGUCUUCAUCAUACUGCAGCACAUCACCAUCACAGCAGAGAGAGACCUGAUAAAGAGUUACAAGAACACAGUUGAAGAGUUUGAUCAAACUAUCAACAGCUUACAAGACAAUUACACUGAUCUAAUGACGGAAAAACACCAACUGCAGAACAACUUCAGCUCUUUGAGUCAGAAGAAGCUGGAGCUAGAAAGCAAAGUCACUUCUCUGAGUGAAGAACUAAACAUGGACGCUUCUAAACGAGGUUUAGUUUGUUUUUUCAUAUCCAAUGAGUUGAAGAACUGGUCUGACAGCAGGCAGUACUGCAGGGAACAUGGUGGUGAUCUGAUCAUUAUCAACACUGAAGAGAAGCAGAGGUUCAUAUCUUCAUUCAUCAAGGAGAGAGUGUGGAUUGGUUUGUCUGACACAGAGAACGAGGGCAACAUGACAUGGGUGAAUAAUUCAACACUGAAACAAGGGUUUUGGAUCAAAGAUGAGCCGAAUGAUGGUGGCGGAAAUGAAGACUGUAUUGAACUGAAUUAUCUAAGAGAGCAGCAGGGAUGGUCACCCCUGAACAGCUGGAAUGAUCGCUUAUGCUCAGAGAUGAUAAAAGGGAUUUGUGAGAAAUAAGGUUCAUCCAACCUUGUGGUUUUGCUUCUAUUAUCUAAUGUUAUCAUUCUUAUUGUGAACGCAUGAUUUCUUAUUUAAUCACCAUUGAUGUCACCAUUGUUGUGUUUCAUAUGCCCCAUGUUGAUGUAUGUGAGUGUAGUAAUGACACAAAGGACAUUUUAAACAAAAAAAUAAAUAAAUAAAUAAAAUAACAAUGAUAGUGUUUAUACACUGCCAAGCAUCAACAUCUAAAGUACAACAGCAGUGUUACAAGUUAUUUAAACCACUUUAAUGCAGUCAUUUGUCUGUUAUUAAAAUGUAUUAAAGCAAUUCAACAUUAAUCAAGGGUCAAGAGCCCAACUAAAGCACUGAUCUACAUGAUGGUGACCACAAACGAAACAUAUUCAAUAAGACAUCAACAUCUAAACUCCUUUUAAUUCUCAAUAAGAACUUUUGUAGACAUCUGACAUCAGUCAAUCUGGUUAAUAAUACUGUCAGUGAAGCUGGUAAUGCUGUUUGUGGAGUUGUUUAACUCACGAUGAGUAGAAUAAAUGUCAAAAAACACUUUAAUUCGUCAUACUUUUUCUUCUCCUUUACUAUGCACCUUUUCAUAAUAAACGUCUCUUCUAUCCGGCGCACACUAAGCAACCUCAAAUUAAAAGUCCUAAAC